ACGCUGCACGAUGCAGCAGUCCCGUCAAAACCUUCAGGUCCACCUUCAGCAGCCAGACCACGAGUACACCUGUGGUAUCACUUCCAUUAGCACGUUGCUUGGAUUAAAGGAAAGAAAGAAAGCGGAAAAAGCAAACCAGUGAAAUAUGGUCGAAGUCACUUGGGAGCAGAACGACUGGGCGACAUAGAAGACGCAUACGGUUCAGGACAAAAGGGGUCUUCCUCGAAAUUACGAUGCAUCUCACAGCGGUGGUCUUAAUUCUCUCCCUGACAAGCAUCGUCAAAGGUUGGGAAUGCAGCGCAGGGUGCAGCACAGAAAAUGGGUUUUGUGAGAAGCCAGGGAAGUGCAGGUGCAAACCAGGGUGGCAAGGAGACAACUGUGACCACUGUGUGCCCUUCCCUGGCUGUCUGCACGGCACAUGUGAGAAGGCAUGGCAGUGUAUCUGCGAGGAGGGCUGGGUGGGCAGCCUGUGUGACCAAGACAUUCGCUUGUGCUCAUCCAGGCCUUGUGCUAUUAAUGCCACUUGUAUAGAGACCGGAGAGGGACGAUACCUGUGUGUCUGCCCCCCUGGCUUCUCUGGAGAAAACUGCCACCUGAGGAGAGGACUUUGUCUUACAAAUGGCUCUCCUUGCCAGAACGGAGGCACAUGUAUGGAUGCCGAGGGCUCAGCAGCCUUUUCUUCCUGCUUAUGUCCCCCUGGAUUUUCCGGAGACUUCUGUGAGAUCGGCAUUGACAGCUGCCAGCCUAACCCUUGCCUCAACGGUGGCAACUGUACAAACCAUGGCCUGACUUUCACAUGUGUCUGUCCACACGGCUUCACUGGUUUCACUUGUAAUGACACCACGAGCCUCUCUCCCUGCGCCGGGCGGCCCUGUGCCAACGAGGGCACCUGUGUCGGUCAACCUGAUGGAACCUUCCGGUGCAUUUGCCAGAAAUGGUUUACAGGUCCCACAUGCUCCCUGCAGCACAGACCAAGAAACAGAUCCAAGCCGGUUGCUGCCAAGCCUGUGGACAGAGUGUUUGCUCUGACUCCACAGCACUACUCCCUCCCCGCUCAUGCCUUCCACAAAUUGCUUAGACCACCUGAGAGAGAUCUGCUCAAGAUCACCCUGAAGGAGACGGUUCACUCGUCCGGUGUCCUUGUUACGCAUGGUCAGCUUGUCUGCUUCAGCUUACUAGCACUGCUCACCUGCCUGGUCAUCUUAGGCACUACAGGCAUUGUGUUUUUUGGCCGCUGUGAGACGUGGCUGGCGAAUGCCAAGUACAGCCAGCUUGUCCGGCAGCAAAGGGAGCACCUGCUGAGAGAAGCUGGCAGCACGAGCCAGGAAGAGGCGGAACACUCGGUAAACAUCAUCCUGCCGGAGAAGAUUAGACUCACCAGCUUUGGGAGGCACUACACCUCCAUCUGAUAAAAUCAUCUCGUCCUCACCCACACUCCCCCUGGAAGAAGUCGAAUGUGAAUGUGUAAAGAUAGCAGCGAAUGAAAAGCUAUGACUGUCGUGCAGUUGUGUUUAAAGUGUUAUAACCGAGAGCUGGUGGGCUAUCCCGGUACAUGUUUGAAUGUAAAGUCUGCUGGACCAAAUGGAUAUACAUGACGCUGGUUUGUAAAUGUAUUUUUAAUCCAAAAUUACCAUUAAAAUGUAUAAUUAUGUGAAACAUGUUCUCUCACAUAGCAUGUUGUUAAAAAUAUGUCAUUGCGUGGCCUCUUUUUAUUUACUUAUUUCUCAUGAGUCGAUCUGAUUAGGAAGUGGGGUUAAUUAAGAAAAUGAAAAAUAUAUUUGAAUUCACAAAAAUUAGUACAAAGUGACUGAGCUACUGACUUUUAAUUUGAACUCUAAUGAGCAUCAUCAGAGCUGCAAUCUCUCAUUUCAAAGAUAAGCAAAUAAGACAUCAGUGUUUAUAGUAGCCCAAACCUUCUUCAUACAGCAUGUUCUGAAUUUCCAGUUUCUUUAUAAAUGCAAAAAUACAUAUAGAUCGUGUUACAUGCCAACCAAACAGCUGUGCAAAUCCUGCAGGGAUGAACUCUACAGAAAAUGUUGUUUUUAAUGUAAUAAAUGUAUUUCUGAUGUCCAAAAAGGUAAUUUACUUUUUCAUAUACCACACAGCUGCCACCCACUGUAUCAUAUCAGACGUUGAUUUGAAAGGUAAGUAUAGAUGUCGAGUCUGAUAUAAUGACAUUAUUUGUUUGGCUAACUCAUUUUCAUCUCUUUAUAUCAAUGAUUAAUCCCUGAUUGUUCUAAAACUCGUGUUCCGUUGAGCUUUUAUAAGAUUUUCCACUAGUGCUUCUUACUGUCGGUGUUAUUAUGCAUCAGUGAGCCCUGAAAUUGAUACUGCAACACCUGUUUAAGUGUUAUUAGUUUGCUUCACGCAUGAGAUGGCCGCCCACUCUGAAUGGAGGAAACGUGAUUGCCAUGAAAACCUAAUAUAUGUCAAAAUAUGGAAAGUACAUGUCUGUUACACAGGAAAUAUGCAGACAGAUGUGAAUAGUAUUGUGUGUAAAGCAUUAAAUCCAUUAACUCCUGAUAUGAGGAUUACUGGGACUUCAAGGUUGGAGAUUCUGUCUCUUUCUCCGUAAGUCCCCUUCAGCCUCCUUAUUGUUUAUCGUAACUCUCUAAUUGGCUGGUUAUCUACGAGUCAUUUUCUGACAUGCAUAAGUAAAACAUAAUGAUGUACAAGUGGUUUAUCUAGCGGGAGAUUGCAAUUACAGUCAUUUAGGACUUGUAUUAUUCUGAGAUAAUUCGCUGUUGUACUUUGAAAACGUUUGGUUGUCUAUCACUUUUAAUAAAAUAUGUCACAAU